AUGGCCGACCGUUAUUCCUUUUCUUUGACCACGUUCUCCCCCAGUGGAAAGCUCGUUCAAAUUGAGUAUGCUUUGAAUGCUGUGAAUCAAGGUGUAACAGCGCUGGGAAUCAAAGCUACGAAUGGAGUUGUCCUUGCUACAGAAAAGAAAUCCUCGUCGCCGCUCAUCGAUUCCUCGUCCCUGUCGAAAAUCUCCUUAAUCACUCCGGAUAUCGGCAUGGUGUAUUCAGGUAUGGGACCUGACUACAGAGUACUCGUGGACAAAGCCCGCAAAACAUCACAUACUGCCUACAAGCGUAUUUACAAUGAAUAUCCACCCACCAGAAUACUCGUACAGGAUGUUGCCCGUGUUGUUCAGGAGGCAACUCAGUCCGGUGGUGUAAGGCCGUAUGGAGUCAGCCUCCUCAUUGCGGGAUGGGAUGAAGGGAUCCAACCAGAGACUACAGAAGCCCAACAAGGCGAAACAGAAGCAGAAAAGAAAAAGGCUUCAGGUAAAACGGGGGGCAUCUUGAAAGGCGGGCCCAGUUUAUACCAAGUGGAUCCCAGCGGCAGCUACUUCCCCUGGAAAGCAACGGCAAUCGGUAAAAGCGCAACUUCCGCGAAGACCUUCCUUGAGAAGAGAUAUACAGAGGGCUUGGAACUGGAGGACGCAGUUCAUAUUGCGCUGCUUACGCUUAAGGAAACCAUUGAAGGGGAGAUGAACGGGGAUACCAUUGAAAUUGGCAUCGUUGGGCCACCGGCCGAUCACUUGCUAGGUUUUGAAGGAGUAGAAGGUGCUCGAGGGCCCAGAUUCCGAAAGUUGACGAAGGAGGAGAUUGAGGACUAUUUGACCAACCUAUGA